AUGGUCGAGAGAAGAUACAACAUCAGACCAUGCAACUUUCAAAUUCAAUCUGCAAUUGAGCAGCUUAAGUGCAGAGAUGUCAUUACUGUUGCACCCACUGGAGCGGGAAAGACAUUGACGUUCUGGAUCCCUCUUCUAUUCACCAGCAAUGCAGUCAUGAUUGUUAUCACAGCUUUGAAUGGCCUUGGAGACCAGAAUGUCGAGGAGUUGAAUAUGCUUGUUCUUACCUGCAUUAAUGUCACUGGACAGAACGUGAGCGAUGAAUUAUUCAAAGAAAUCGAGGACCUACGUUACCGAGUGGUUAUAAUCAGUCCAGAGCUUGUCAUAUCUGACAAGCGUGUCGAGAAUGAAUGGGGCAAAGAGUUCCGCCCAGAAUAUAGUCAACUUGGUCGGCUUCGAUGGAUCCUUCCCUCUCACAUAAAAUUUCACGUUGUCUCAGCCACUAUGCCAUCGAGGAUCCUCAAGGACGUGAUGGCAACUCUGAAUAUGCGACACGAAAACAUUACAAAAAUCCGGCUAUCAAAUGAUCGUCCUAAUAUUCAUUUGGUUGUUAUUGAGAUGCAGUACUCCACAAAGAGUAUGCACGAUAUCAACCGCGUACUUCGGCUUGAGAAGGAGUUUCCUCCACCGAAGUUCUUGAUAUUCUGCAAUUCCCGGCGUGAGACGCAGCGGGUGGCCAUGUUCCUACGAGGUCAACUGUCCUCUGAUUUCCAGGAAAGGAUUGUGUGGUUUCACUCAGGAAUGACUGCAGAGUUCCGUGCAAGCGCUCUUGAUAAGCUUCGAAAGGGAGAAGUAUGGGGCAUAUGCUGUACCGAUGCAGCAGGAAUGGUUCCCUGGAGAAACGUGAGUCUCUACACUGAGCUAAUUAUCCAGUGGGGCUACGUGAAGAGCUUAUGCGUGCUGAUGCAGCGGCUUGGUCGUGCUGCUCGUAGCCCACGUGCAGAAGCUACUGGUGUAUACAUUAUUGAUAAAAAUUAUCGCAAUAAGGCAGGAAAGGUCAAAACAAAGGCAGGCAACAAAUGGAAGUCUAACUCACAAGGGGGCUCAGCAACCAAACGGACGCGGGUCAUGGUCAAUGAGGAUCAGGAGAUGGAGGGGGGGGCUCAUAUGGAUCAUCAUCUAGAUAGCGAGAGUGAUAACUUGGACAGUGAAAGUGAAUCGGAGGAGGAAACUGUCACUCAACUAAGUGAGGCCCCCACAGGCCAGGCAAAUAGACCUUCAAAACUUCUUCCUUCCUCAUCUGGACUCAGUGAAGAUGAGUAUGAAAUGGCCGCAAUGGAGGUGUUCCUGGAAGCACACAGGUUAUCGGUGUGCUGGCGCAAGGUUGCAAAUGAAUAUUUCGGGAAUGAUUUAAUCAGUACGUGCUUCAUGGCCUGCUGA